GAAAGAGCUCGCGUGUGAUGUGUUUGUGUAUCCUCAGUGUUUUUCUCUCUUGAGUGUUUUAUUGAGUGUAAACAGAGUCUUGUCUCUGUGUAUUUUAGUGUUGAUGAUGGAUGAGAUGUGCUGUAAAUCAGUAGGAACUGAUCUGUCCAUGCUGGAUAUUGAUGAUUUCAUCACAGAAAUCUCUCAGCUGAAGAAAGAGGUGGCGUUACUGGAGACAAAGCUGAGGUUAAGAGGAGAUGAAGGACUGAAGAGAGAGGGUGUGGAUGUGGAUGUGGAUGUGGUUUGUUGUGAAUCUUCCACACAGGACUCCGAGCUCAGUCUGACUUUACUCUGUUAUACUGAGUCAAAGCCCACAGACGCUCAGGACACUACAGUGUGUGACAGUAAUCAGGGCUUACAGGAUGAGGAAUCUACUGAUCAAACCUCCACAGAGUCUCUGGAUUCUGUCUGGAACGCUGGAGAACAGCAGCAGAUCUUGCAGACCAAACUCAAGAUGUGUUCAGUCAAACUCACGGACUGCUCGAACCUCAUGAUGGAGAUCAAAACUGAACCCACAGAAGAGCAAGAUCACACUGAAGAAGAAGAAGAAGAAGAAGAUUAUGGUGAAGACGAUGAUGAUGAUUUUAUUCCUUCAGAUGAGAAAAGUGAUACAUGUUCUGAUGGAGAAUCAUCCAGAACAUUAAAGGAGCGACCGACAGCACAAACUCUUUCCUGCAUCACCUGUGGAAAGACAUUCAGCUCACAGAGACGUUUAGAGACACAUGAGAGAAAACACACAGAACAGAAACUCUUCACCUGCAAGAGAUGUGAGAUCAGCUUUACUAGCUUACAAGAACAUAAACGGCAUCAUUCAAAAGUGCACAGAGUGAGGAAGAAGCGGCAGUUUCAUUGUGAGCAGUGUGAUAAAGUUUAUUCCUCCCUUUCUAAACUGAAAGUUCACAUGAGGACACACAGUGGUGAAACGCCAACAUUCAGCUUGGAAAGACAUGAGAGAAAACUCACGGAUCAGAAACUCUUCACCUGCAGGAGAUGUGAGUUGACCUUUACUACCCUUAGAGAGCUGAGACUUCAUUCAAAAGUGCACAGAAUAAAGAAGCACUGUGAGCAGUGUGGUAAAGGUUAUCUCUCCUCUACUAGUCUAAAAGUUCACAUGAUGACACACAGUGGUGAAAGACCGUUCCAGUGCAGUAAAUGUGAAAUGCGUUUCAGAACCAGGGAUACUCUUAUUGGUCAUGAGAGAAUUCACACGGGAGAAAAACCAUACAAGUGUCCUCACUGUGAGAUGAGUUUCAGCCAAAAAGCCUAUCGGAAGAAACAUGUGUUUUUACACACCAAUGAGAGACCGUAUCAGUGCAAUCAAUGUGACAAAGCCUUUAGGGAUUCAGGUUGUCUAAAGUCACACCAAAAAACACACUCUGAUAAACUCUAUCAAUGUUCACACUGUGAUAAACGUUUCCGUUAUAAAUGUCAUCUGAUAUGUCACGAGAGGAUUCACACUGGAGAGAAACCUUACCUGUGCUCUCAAUGUGGAAAGGGAUUUGCUGAUCCAAGUACUUUUAAAGAGCAUCAGAGAGUUCACACUGGAGAGAAACCUUAUCCGUGCAGUGUUUGUGGGAAAAGAUUCAAGCGACAUUACGGUUUAGUGUCACACCGGAGAACACAUACAGGAGAAAGACCUUACAAAUGCUUUCUGUGUGAGAAGACGUUUACUCAAGCGGUUCUCCUGAGAAUCCAUCUGAGAGUUCACACUGGAGAGAAACCUUACGUCUGCUCGAUCUGUGGAGAGAGAUUCGCUAAUGUAGGACCUUUUAAGACUCAUCAGAAGAAACAUGUUCAAAGCGACCUAAACUAUGAAAAAGACUUUGUUAAAAAAUAACAACCAAAUGUCAGAACAGCGGUAUAAUUGUACAUAAAAGAUAUUACUAACAUCGUUUAGCUUUAUGGUAGAUUUUGUCUUACAUUUGCAUGAGUAUGUGUAAAUUGAGUAGUAUACCCGAGUUCUGUUAGUUAAGUUAGAAAUAGUUAACUGCUAGCUUGUGCAUUAAAGGUGGUGUGUGUAAAUUUUAGUGCCAUCUAGUGCAACAAACAGCUCACCCCUCAAUUUCAAAACGCAUAUGGUAGCCGGCACAGAACUUGUCGUCAUCUAAGACAAUGUAAUGAAGAAACACGCUCUAUAAAUAGCACCGUUUGUCCAUUAAGAGCUACUAUAGAAACAUGACGCCAACUUCCAUGUAAGGGGACCCGUGGUGUUUGAAGAUGAAAACGGCUCAUUCUAAGGUAAUUAAAACACAUUACAUUUCACAACUACAAACACAAAUAUAUUUCAUUCAUCAUCUUUAUACAUCACUACUAAUAUAGUUAUGUAGAUUAGAUUGCAUUUCUGUCAAGAAAUCCUUCUAGAAGUUACACAAUGCACCUUCAAAGGACUUUAAAUGCACCACGCGGAGGAAAGAACCACCAGAUGCGAAGUAGCAUUUGACCGCUUAUUCCAUGGUCAUUUGCCAAAACAAAUUCAAACUAUUAUUGCUUACGGCAGCGCAAUAUUUGACCAAUGUUUAAAAAUCACAGCUAUAUUCGUCAGUUGGGGUACAUAGACUUUGGGUCAGAUAAAUGCAGACAUAAGGUAGAGCGAUAAAAUUACAUUUAUUUAUUUUGUGUAAUUAGAUGGAGAGAAAGAGAUCAAAGGUUGAAUAUAUGCCAAUGGCAUCUCUAAUAGGCGCCGCUUACUUUAAGUAUACUUAAAAAUAGACAGGAAGGAAGCAAUGCUUUAACAUUAUAUUUAUUGAAAUGCCUUAAUACAAUCAAACAAAAAAGUUACUAUGUUUACUAAUGUUUGAGGCAGUGUUUGGUAAGUUGCUCAAAAGUAAUCUUUAAUCAUGUAAUUAGAUUAUUGUACAAAUUACUCUCUCCCAAAGUAUUUAAUUACUUAUAACUAGUUACUUUAAGGAUUUAACAAGGAAAUGAACCCAAAUGCAGACGUUGACAACAAUGAAUAAUUUAUUAUACAAAACAGGGAAAACAAAACCCACAAGGGGGCAAAACAAGACAGGAUGAACGCAACACUAAACUAACAUUAAACUAAACAUAAACCAACAAUAAACUCUUCACUACAUAUAACAGACUAGACUAAAUAUUCUUAUUACUCACAGAUGCAAGACACAGGAACAAGACAAGGAUUGUAACAAGACGCACGAGCACAGAACAGCAAACACAAGGACAAUAAAUAGGGACAAAAUAAAUUACAUACAGCUGGAAAUCAUUACGAGUAAGGGAUCAGGGAGAAAGAGACGAGACCCGGGAAAUGCGUGGUCAGAAUAACCCAAUACUAAAACCACGCAUCUCCCACAUAGAACAUGGUACUGCCAGGACCCCGAAUACAAAGACUAGAUAUAAUUCAACACAUGCUUCUGACGGGUCCUGACAGUUACUUUCUAAAUCCCAUUUAGUAAAUGAUGCAAAUAUAGGCUUGAAACAACUCAAAUAAAUCAUAUAAAAGUACAUUAAUUAUUCUGGUCACACUUUUUAAGGUCCAAUUUUCACUAUUAACUACUUUUGCCUCAAUAUCCUCCUAAUUACUGCUUAUUAAUACUUUGUAAAGUAGUUGUUAAGUUUAAGAUAAUUAAAUUACAGUAACUAGUUACUAAUUAACUAGUUACACCGAACACUAGUUUAAGGGAAGCAGCACAUUCAUUCAGAAAACUUCAUUCAUUCAAACUGACUGGAUAUAUUUUGGUGCAUUAAAUGUUUUUAUUGCAGGCCUUCCACCUGAUCAGAUUCAAGAAUUCCAACAGAAUAAUGUUAAUAGUUAAGCAUUAUUAAGCAUUAUCUACACUCUUAAAAUGAAUGUGUUUAAACAACACAUGUUGUGUCUAGUUAAGGACAACACAUCCUAACAACUAGACACAUCUCUGUGUUAUUUUUGGAACACAUUUGUUACAUUUGGUUAGCUUUUCUAAUUUCUUCAAAGGCAUGACUUAUCUUCAAUUCAAAUAUCAAAAAACUAUUUGCACACAGUUAUAUUUCACAUCUUCAUAUUAUCCCAAAUGUUUUCAACAUUCUUUAAUUGAGAGAAUUCACAGUUUUAAAAUCUUCUGCCCCUGUUAAGGGUCGCUGGUCAAUUGUGUUAUUGGUCAAUUGUCAGGGUUUUUUAUCCUUUGAACCUUCAAAGGGCUCUAAACAGUCUCAUCCAAGGCAUAAGGGUCUUAUCUAGCGAAGCAAUCAUAAUUUUUGCCAAAAUAAUUUUAAAAAGUACUUUGAAACCAUAACUUCUCGUCUUGCACUUGCCGUGUGACGCGCCAUGGUGACCUUACGUAUUACGCAAUCACAAUGAAAAGCUUUUGGAGAAAAAUCCUGAAAUGUUUUUCUCAAAAAACUUAAUUUCUUUUCGACUGAACAAAGAAAGACAUUAACAUUUUUUAUGAUAUUAUCAGAGUGAGUAAAUGUAAAAAGUGGAAUAUUCCUUUAACUUAUAAAAAAAUGUCUUUUUCAUCUAUAUUAAAGUUUAUAUCGGUAGUGUUUUACAUAUUAUUGUUAUUAUAAUUAUCUGGUUAAAUUUAUUUUAUUGGUACAUAAAUCAUAGGCCUAUUUGUCUUUUGCAUGAGCUCUUAGUUUCCUGAUAUAUUGUAGUGUUGUGUAAUGGUCACAAGUUAUGCAGAUUAAACAAAAAAAUAGGCUUACAUGUUUUGUUAGACGGUGAUUUAUUUAGAUGGAUUUUUACUUUGAACGUUGUGUAAUCAACAUUAGAAAUAGACUGCAUCAGAUAUAGAGUCAUUUUAAGAGUGCACAGACAGAACCAAUAUACAGCAUGCGUUUAAUUUCUCCACUGCUUACAUCCACUUAGGACAGUGUUAAGAAGAAAACUUGAACUUGGGUUGCAUUUGCGAUGUCUUUACCAUUUGUGCGCUGUCAGAAGCAUUGCGAUGCGGCCUUCUGAGGAUGCUCUUCAGCACAUACCAAACUUCUCAAACAGCACUUCAAAUGGUUAAACCAAGUUAAAUACAAAUUUUAGGUGUUACCAAUUUAAUUUUUUUUUAGUUCAUCCAACUUUUUACAGUGUGUAACAGAACACUAAACAUUAACAUAUCUUUUUAUUUCAUCUUGAUAAAAAAUACACAAUAGCACUUAAUUUGCUCUCAUCACUCAGUCCCAUGCAAAGCAUGCUGGGAACUGGAAAUCUGCCUAAAUUUGAAAAGAUCACGUUGAAUAAAUAUAUGUAAAAUAACUAAACUAGAUGAUGUUUGAGAUACUUGACUGAAUCAUGUUCUUUCAAAAUGAAAGUGAAACUAAAAAGUUCCAAUUUCAAUUCCGUUUAAAAUUAUGCGGUUACGUUUGAAACCGCAUCGGUCAGGUUAAAUGGAAAUGAAUUUUUAAAUAAAGUGAACAGCAACAACAACAACAAAAAAAACUUUUGAGUGCAGGUGCCUAUCACACAGAAUUGAGUCAAAAUAAUAAUAAUAAUCUUGGAUUUUAGGCCCGCAGUUCUCCCAUCCUGACCUAGCCUGGCUCCGCCCUCCUACGUGCUUCCGCUUAAUUUUCAUUUCCCUUCAGCAGUACGUCUGGGAUUUCUCUAUAGAGUUUCGUUUUCUCCUGCAAAAAUCUGCAGGACCAAUCAGCUAACAGAUGGGGGUGGCUAAGAACAAUGACGUUGAGGUCGUGCGUCAGUUUGACUUGUAGUUCAGUAAUGGCAGCGGAGAAAGACGUGAGAAAAGCUAUUCGGUCCAUUUUUGCAAAACUGCAGAAUAUACAGAAGUUAAACAGGAGCAAGAACCAGGUUUGCUAAGUUUUGUUUGUCUGAUUAUUCGGACUUGUUGUUUCCGGACGGUUUCGGUGCAUGAUAUACGUCACGACCACACUUUAGCGAUUGGCUUUGGCAGAUUCAGAGUGAGACUGGGCAGAUCCAAUAGUUUUAAACUUCAACAAUGGACCCUCCUUAACGGAAGUAACGCUUUCCAAUGGAGCGUGGCCAGACUCUCUGUACAAAUGAAAUGAAUGUACGAGAGUCUGGUUGGACCAGGCUAAUCCUGACCCACAUCCGCACAGCAAAUGACACCUUAAUUCCACCCAUUACAUCAAAUGUUAGUGCUUUAUCCUUCAGGUCCCUGCAGGGUACCUACCCACAUGCAGGUCUCUGCAUCGUUUCACGUCUAAUUGUGUGUAAAUAAUUUUAAUUUGCAAGACCUGAAAGCAUGUAAAAAUGAAGCUGUACUGACUUAAACUUUAAUAACUUAACAAACAUGAUAUCCACUAAUAAUAAUUUUAAGUUUUGUUUGGUCACAUUGUUUGCUGGAUUGUAAUGGCAAAGUGCGUUUAAAAAUAGACGUGACUGACGUGCAAGUGUAACUUGACUAUGUGAAAUGAAUAUAUAUAUGUUUUGUGAUUUCUGAUCAAUUUGGCACAUCUUUAUAUAAACAUAAUAUGGUGUAAGUAAGGCUUUUGAUUGCUGUAAGCCUAUCUAGAAUCGCAGGCGUGUAAAUUGCAGCUUAUCUGUUAACCUAAACUGAACAUGAUGUUUAUUUUUCUGUCAAUAAAUGCUUUAAGUCCUCUA